UUGGGUACCUGUAUUAUAUGUGUAUAUUGUUGUUGUUGUUGUUGUCCAGGGUCACUCCAGUCAAUGCGGAUCGAGCUGUGCAGAUGGUGAAGGGCUGUUGCUCUCCUCACGCUGAUCGGGUGGGGGUGGGGGCGGUCCAUCUCUCCCACCCCGGGGGUAGGGGGACUCGGCAGCUCCCCGCUGGCCCGGUGCUGCACCCUCCUCCUCGCCGGGACAUUAGUCCCUCUUCCCCUCUCCUCCGCCGCCGGACCACCUCGAAGGCCACGCGCUACCAUGGCAACCGACCGUCUCAUGGUGACGUGGCCGCGGCGCUCGAUUAUCACGUCAUUUCCGCACAGGACGACAGCGAAAGGAAGAUGGCGGCGGAUAGCGAGGUCCAGGACAUUCCUUGUAGCAGUGGAGAGCCUACAAUUUCAGCAGCAGAGAAACGGGAGGAAAGACUGAAGAGAUUCAGAGAUCUGCAUCUUAAGCGGAAUGAAUCUCGGAAAUUGAAUCAUCAGGCAGUGGCAGAGGAGGACAGAAUCCUGAAAUUACCAGCUAACUGGGAGUCUAAAAAAGCACGAUUGGAAUGGGAGCUGAAAGUGGAAGAGAAAAAAAAGGAGUGUCUGGAAAAGGGAGAAAAUUAUGAACGAGUUAAACUAUUGGAAAUAAGUGCUGAUGAUGCAGAGCGAUGGGAAAGAAAGAAAAAAAAGAAAAAUUCCGAUCCAGGUUUUUCAGACUUUGCAGCUGCUCAGUUCCGCCAAUAUCAGAGAUUAGUGAAGCAGAUUAAACCAGACUUGGAGGCAUAUGACCAGCAGAAGGAUGAUGCUGGGGAGGAGUUCUACGCAACUGCAAACAGUCUAAUACAUGGAACUCAUGUUCCAUCCAAAGCAGGUGUGGACAGGCUGGUGGCAGAUGUUGAAAAGCAAAUUGAGAAGCGUGCCAAAUACAGCAGACGUCGUCGUUACAAUGAUGAUGCUGACAUUGACUAUAUUAAUGAGAGGAAUGCCAAUUUUAAUAAGAAAGCAGAACGAUUCUAUGGAAAAUACACUGCAGAGAUCAAGCAGAAUUUGGAGAGAGGAACUGCUGUCUGACAUGUUUUCUGAAAAGAUUCAAAUUGCUUACGCUUGUAUGCUGUGUAGAGAUUAUGAUUUUAUCCUGGACUGAUGUACAAAUUCAACCUUUUACUGGUGUUACAAAAUAUUUAAUGCAAUGAACAUCACUCGUGAUCUCUAACAGAGUGUCUGUAUGUCAUAUCAUUUACUGGAAUAUGCUUUUCUGAUGACUGCAAAUGUUGAGAAUGUCAUCCUAGAUUAUGUCUCCAUGCAGAGUGUUUUUUGUGACUUGUUUUGGACUAUCAAGCAAUCAAGAUUGUUUGACUUUUGUUAUCUAUUCGUUAUUCAAAAGGAAUUUGGUAUGAUGUCUAAGAUGAUUUUGUCAAAGUCUUAGUCAUUUUUUGCUUCUUAUGAAGAUUGAGGAUACAUUGUUGAAUAAAGCUUGCUUUUAUCAGUCA